GCUUUUUAUUCCAAAGCUCAAUCAGACACUAUUGUGUCCACCCACUUUCUAUCCAGAUACAAAAGUGCAAUGAACAUCAAGGAGAGCCGGCUAUGGUUUGCUAUCGGUCAAGCGCCUUGGGCUAAAGCUUACUCUACCUGGUCCCACCAAUACAUCGCCUACCCCAUUCAGGCUUUGACUGCUGCUAUUACUCUCUGCGAAUAUACCUUCAUCGACCGAGGAACGUAUCUAUGCAUCAACUAGACUGGCAUUUACACGGCCGCUACUGACAACGCAACCGAUACUCUUCUCAAUCCAGCUCAUAUCUUGAUCGGGGCCAAUACAACAAAUGUCAAAGUUGCACAGAACUUUACCCUUUGGGCAAUCAAUGAUGCCGCCCAAAAUGUUAUUAGGAACUUCAAGAAGGAGGGUCAGUAUUUGUGUAGCGUGGUGCCUGCUAAUAAGACCGCUCAGUUUAAUCAAAAGUCGCCGCAAGUGAAUGUGAAGCCCAGAAAUUGUAAUUUUUUAAUGUCGGAUGAAGAAAAAUAAAC